AGGACUUUCUGGAAGCCACUGUCUGUGCUCUGUGUUUGAGGAGUCAAGUGUGAUCUAAGGAGAAAGAUACGCGCAAAAAAAACAAAAACAAAAAAAAAACCCCCAAACAAGAAAGGAACCUUGCUGGUACAAGAGUGGGACAGGAACUGAAGGAAAAUAAAUUCUUCUGUUUUUCUUUCUUUCUGAGAGGAGAAUAACGUGCCAUGGCAUCCAAAAUGGCACUUUCCAUCGUUUGGAUGUUGAUGCUCUUCUGGCAUUGUCCAAUCCUUACCUACCGGCCAACUGAACAUGGGGUGGAAGAUCCAAAGAUCAGAAGGGACCACAAGGAGCAGGACUACCAUCGUGAUGCCAGGGGCAGAGAGUGUCGCCGCUGCUGCGACCCACGAGAGUCUGCCAGCCAGCAAUACCCUCAGUACCAGAUUACACCUCAGAUUAACAUGACCAUAUUGAAAGGUGAGAAAGGUGAGGUUGGCGGAAGGGGGGCUUACGGUAAACCCGGCAGAACAGGUCAGACGGGCCCACCGGGUUCUACUGGGAUAAAAGGAAGCAAAGGUAGCAUGGGGAUUCCGGGGGAGCCCUGCAAGAGCUACUUUGCGGCUUUUUCAGUGGGCCGCAAGAAGGGUCUACACUCUAACGACUACUACCAGACACUCACAUUUGACACCGAGAUUGUAAAUCUUUACGGACACUUCAACAUGUUUUCGGGUAAGUUCUACUGCUACGUGCCGGGGAUUUACUACUUCAGUCUGAAUGUGCACACGUGGAAUCGAAAGGAGACUUACCUUCACGUGAUGCACAACGAGAAGGAGGUCGUGGUCCUCUACGCGCAACCCAGUGACCGCUCCAUCAUGCAAAGCCAAAGUCUGAUGUUGGAACUUGAGAGAGGUGAUCAGGUCUGGGUCAGACUGUAUAAAGGAGAACGUGAGAACGCCAUAUUCAGUGACGAAUUUGACAUUUAUAUCAUAUUCAACGGACAUCUGAUCAAACACAAAGAUGAGCUGUAGAUAUCAAAGUGGCAAGAUUUGAAUGGUUUUUACUCAUGGUAGAAUGGUGAAAUAUGAGCAGAACCGGUUCGGUUUCUCAUCAUGAUGAUGCUAAAAUCUUUAGACAGUGGGGGUACCGAAGUAUACGGGUCUUUUUUUAAUUUUUUUUAUUUUAACUGGGUGUAAAUAAGCCACAUUUGUUGAAUGACAAAGAUUACAGUGCUUGGUUUUGAGACUCCAGCCCCAUAAUAGUAACACAUAACAGUAAUGAGAAUAAAUAAUGACCAUUAAGUGCCCUUAUCUGCUCAAACAUACAAACUAUAUAUUAAAGUAAGGGGCAUAACUGCAUUUGUUGUUCAAAACAAAAAAAAAUAUUGUUGAAUAACACGAUGUAUCAAAUGUUUCACGGUAUCAUUAACAACUACUGUAGUAUCAUUAUAAACUCCCUGUCAAUGGAGAGACUCCGCACUUCAUUUAUUUUAAGAAAAGCUGACAAUAAAUGUGAAAAGUCUACCAACAACA